CAAGUAUAGAUAGAUAUUAGAUAGAUAGACAGAUAUUCUCGCUUCCGUUGCGAUGGAGGUGAAACGAGUUGAAAAAGGUGCCAAGCUAAAUUCGCCACUCGGUGGUGAUUUGAACGCAUCCCGUGGCCCGCAAGUGACAUUUUGCAACAGUUGCAUGCUGCGAUGUGCACGUUCCACGUCAUGCACGAACUCCAUCUUAUUGCGACGCCGCAAACAGACUUGGACACCACUUGAGCUUAUUUUUACGAGAUAUAUUUUGCUCAUCCUUCCAAGCCACAUUAGCAUUCAAUCGGUCACGGCGCUGCCAGCCAAUGAAAGGCGAGCACGAGGAGAGGAGGCCGACGGAGCCGCUGAGGAGGAGGAGGAGGAGGAGGGAGGAUGGAGGAUGGAGGAUGAUGGGGCACCAUCAAAGUUGAACAAACGCCACCAGAAGAGGCUCGCUGACCGCCACCAGACGGCCAUGGAGACUUCCCCCUCCUCGAGCCACUCUUGAGAUCCCCACGAAACAGGAAGGAAGAACGGGGGGGAGGGGGGGGUGAGAACGAAAGAGAAGAAAAGAAAAAGAAAGAUCCACUUUGAAGUGGAACCACGCCGCGAUGGAGCGAGCGCCGAGUCCACCUCCGAAAGCGAGCCAGCACGAGCCCAUCAGCUUCGGGAUCGACCAGAUCCUGGGGGCCGGCACGGAGUCCGACACCGGACCCGGGAGAAGACGCCAAGCCAGCGGCGGGGAGGCUCGCUACCGCUCGGCGAGCCCGCCCGGGAGCGGCGCGCACGCCUACGCGGCGCCGGGCCCGUACGGCGACAGAGGCGGCCCGGGGGUGAUCCGAGUGCCCGCCCACAGACCGCUUCCCGCCCCGGGACCGGGACCGGGACCGCAGCACCCGCUGCAGAGCUUCGGAGGGCUCUGCUUCCCCUGGAUCGGGAACCGCUUCGCCAAAGACAGGAUAUCCGCGGCUCUGGUCCCGUUCUCCGUGACGCGGCGGAUAGGCCACCCGUACCAGAACCGGACGCCCCCCAAAAGGAAAAAGCCCCGCACGUCCUUCUCCAGGGUGCAGAUCUGCGAGCUGGAGAAGCGUUUCCACCGCCAGAAGUAUUUGGCCAGCGCCGAGAGGGCCGCCCUGGCCAAGAGCCUCAAAAUGACCGACGCGCAGGUCAAGACCUGGUUCCAGAACCGCAGAACCAAGUGGAGGAGGCAGACCGCCGAGGAGCGCGAGGCGGAGCGCCAGCAGGCCAACCGGCUGAUCCUGCAGCUGCAGCAGUCCGCCCUGCACAAGUCGCUGCAGGGCGACUCGGCCGCGUCCGACCCGCUGUGCGCGCACAACUCCUCGCUGUACGCCCUGCAGAAUCUGCAGCCCUGGGCCGACGACGGCAGGGAAUAGAAA